GCUUCAAUCAUAUCAUAACACACUCACACACUCAUACAUACACACAAAAUGAACCCCUCAUCAUGGACAUGUAGUUUUCUCUUCAUAGUCAUUUUAAGGUGGAGUGUAGUUGUUGUUUCUGGCCAACUCCCUCCAACCGGUCAAGCAUUGCUAGAACAAAAUGCGGACCGAGUGACCCGUCUCCCGGGCCAACCCCCGGUUACCUUUAAGCAGUAUGCUGGGUAUAUUACAGUCAAUGAAAGCCAUGGCAGAGCACUGUUUUAUUGGUUUUUUGAAGCAAUGGAUUGCCCACAAAAAAAGCCUUUACUUCUAUGGCUAAACGGAGGUCCUGGAUGUUCCUCUAUUGGAUAUGGAAAUUUAGAGGAGUUAGGACCUUUUGUAGCUGUCAAGGGCAAGACGGAGCUCCGUUUUAACAAUAAAGCUUGGAACAAAGCUGCCAACUUGUUAUUUCUCGAGUCCCCGGUUGGUGUUGGUUUUUCAUACUCCAACACGAGUACUGAUUUGAAGGAUCUUGGUGACACUCUAACAGCCCAAGAUUCGUACACGUUUCUGCUCAACUGGUUUAAAAGAUUUCCGCAGUACAAGUCCCAUGAAUUCUACAUUUCGGGUGAAAGUUAUGCAGGGCACUAUGUUCCGCAACUAUCAGAGGUUAUAUUCGAUAAAAACAAGUGCCUUCCAAAGCAGGAUCGCAUAAACUUCAAGGGAUUUAUCAUAGGAAACGCAUUGGUGGAUGAUGAAAUGGAUCAAACAGGAAUGAUUGAUUACGCUUGGGAUCACGCAGUGAUAUCAGAUCGUGUGUAUAAUGAUGUUAAGAAAAACUGCAACUUUAGCCAAUCCAAACCAACUCCAGCUUGUGAUACAGCAAUGGGUGCAUACUUUGAAGUUUACAAAAUUAUUGACAUGUAUAGUUUGUAUACGCCAUCGUGUGUUGAGGCUAAGGCGAAUUCAACUCAACGUGCACAUAUGCUUGGCAACAUUUCUCCUCAAAUUUUCUCAAUGCACAAAGAAUGGCAUAAAAAACCAACUGGGUACGACCCGUGUCAACCACAAUAUACAGAGUCAUAUAUGAAUAAUCCGAAGGUCCAACGAGCGCUUCAUGCUAAUACCACGAAAAUUUCCUAUCCAUGGAGACAUUGUAGCGAUGCUAUAGGAUAUUGGCAAGACUCUCCAGAUUCUAUACUCCCGGUAAUCAAAAAACUUGUUGCGGGUGGUCUUCGUGUAUGGGUGUUCAGCGGAGAUACUGAUGGAAGGAUUCCUGUGACCUCUACAAGAAUGUCAUUGCAAAAACUUGGUUUGAAAACAGUCCAAGAAUGGACUCCGUGGUACAGCAAAAGUCAGGUUGGUGGAUGGACAAUUCAAUAUGAUGGAUUGAUGUUUGUGACAAUUAGAGGAGCUGGACAUCAAGUACCUACAUUCAAACCCAAGGAAGCCCUUCAAAUCAUUAAGCACUUUCUAUCCAAUAAAACGUUGCCAACUGUACCUUUUUAGAUUUUCUAGGAUUAGCUACUUUAGAUUUUUGAUUUUUAUCAUUGAUUGAUACACUAUAUCCAUUUUUAGUGUAUAAAGCCUACAAAUUUGGUUGUAGGUUAUCAUCA